AUGGGUGGAGUCGUGAUGAAAGUCAGUGGGAUCAGCACUGGAAAAUCUUCUGGUAAAUUCACCAUCUCUGGAGCAGACGGUUCUACCACUACCGUCAAUUACCAACAUGCAGGGAAUGACCGAUAUUCCUAUACCGUCAAGAGCGGUAAUAGUGGUAGAAGCUCUGCGCCUGUAUCGCUAGAUAGAUUAUAUGGAGGAAAUAAACUUGAAUACUCGAUUUAUCGAUCUAUCAUGGGCGACAAGGCCAAACCUCCUCCUGAAGAUGAAAUGUUCAGUUACACAGCUACGAGCGGCGAUGGUACGCCUGAAGAGAGGAAUGUAAGACUUACGGCUGACAGAAGUGAAGAUGGAAUAGUGACUUAUGGAAUAUCAGAAAGUGCACGAAGCGAAAGUUGGUCGACUGGGGGUCAAUCCCUGGACGAUAUCAGAUCAGGCAAGUUUGGGAAAGCCUUUACAGCCGCUUUUAACAAGUACCUGGAAUCGAGAGGGGGUGGAGAUAUUACUUCCGGUACUGGUGAUACCGCUUCACAAGAUACUCUUAUUCCAGUUCCCACUCCCACUUCUGUCGCCUAG